AUGGCUAGCCGGUUAAAGGAGUAUCGCUACUACCUCAGUAGCGGCGUGAGUACAGGCAUCACCGUAAAAAUCUCUCUCGUAGAGCUUGCUCCAGCGCUUGGAUGCUCUGUCAGCAGCGAGGCAUCCAAGCGUGCAGAUUUAAUUUCGCCAUUUGUAGGGCUUGAACAAUUAUCUGGCACGUCGUCAGAGAUGCGCAACUCACCUGUUAGCGAGAUCUUUUUGACUGCCCAGAUCUUCUCCGAUGGACUUCCUUUACACCCUAUGGUCAUCAGCUCUAAGAGCCCUACAAAAUGCAGCAAUUCAACUAUCUACUGGAACGAAUGGAUAUCCUUUCCUGUUCGAUACCGCGAUUUAUCCCGCAAUUCAUUGCUCGCUAUAACUAUCUGGGGCGUAGAUUGGGUACCUGUCGGAGGCUCCACUAUCUCAUUUUUCACGAAACAAGGUGUUUUACGCGAUGGCGUACAGUGCCUUCGCAUCUGGGAAGGUCGCGAAGCCGACUCAUCUCCUACCACCAGGACGCCGUCGGAAAUUGAUGAAGAAUGGGUACGACAGGAAUGUUUUCGUCUUGACAAGCUUCGUGAGAAGUAUGAACGCAAGGAAAUCGCACGCAACGAGUGGAUGGACAGUGUUACAGACCGACGUAUUGCACGCAUCCGAAGGGGUAGCGAACCGCCGACACGAAAAGAUGCACUAGGCCCCUUCUGCUCGUAUAGGGAAGAAGCUUUAUUGUGGCUUGAGAUGCCGUAUUUUGGAGAUGUUGUUGUUUAUGAAGAGGAACCGUACUCUCAACGCAACUUGACGUCAUCUUAUACUGCCGACGUUGUUCCAAGACGAACGAAAUACGACACUAAUACUGUUUCGUCUUCAAAUUCUUCGUACGACACCCAUACGCUUAGUGGAUCGUAUGAUCUUGCGACUGCAACAACGCCGUCUACCUCCAGAGAGUUACCAAGUCUUGUUACUGUAUGGGAUCCCGAUCUUAAUGAAGACAACCCGGCUGAGCGCAAGUAUCGCCGUCUUGCUCGUGACAUCUUGCGCGGAUCAAUCGACCCGAAUCUUAAGCCCAGUCGGGAUGAAAAGGCCCGAAUUGAGCUUUUAUUGGCUACACCAACUGACAAUCUAAAAAAUGAAGACAAGGACUUGCUAUGGAAGUUUCGAUACACUUUGACGGACAACAAGAAAGCAGUUGUCAAAUUCUUACUCUCGGUGGACUGGAAAGAUGAAUUAGAAGUAAAACAAGCCACAGAUCUGCUCUCUCAAUGGUGUGAGAUUGAUAUAGCAGACGCGCUAAAGCUUUUGGGGCGGGAAAAGGAAUUCAAACACGAGAUUGUGCGACAUUUUGCAGUGUCAACCUUAGCCACGGCCAAAAAUGAGGAUCUGCUUGAUUUUCUGCUACAAUUGGUUCAGGCUUUACGGUAUGAGAAACCGGGGGCUCCAAUUGCAUCUUCUCGAAGGGGAAUGAACACGGAUGAAAACGGAAGUGUAGACGGAACAUCGAGUGAAUUGGGUCCAUUGGCUCAAUUUCUAAUAGCUCGCUCGAGUACAAAUUUUCAAAUGGCUAAUUACUUUUAUUGGUAUCUUAAGGUAGAAGCCGGCGACCAAACUAACGACUCGGAAAUUUUUAGUACUGUUCUCAAUCAAAUGCUAACGGAGAUGAAGCGGGAUGAAGAAAAGAAAGCUGUGUACGAUAUGUUGAUGGCUCAACGCGAUUUUAUGAGCCACAUCUUGACGAUUCACAACAAAGCUCGUGAAGAAAAGGGGAGGAAGGAUCAAAAAGAAGAGAAGCUGCGACAAUUUCUGAAACAGUUUCCAUGGCCCAAAGGUGCUGUGAUCUCCUUGCCGUUGGAUCCGACCAUUCUCUUGAGCGGCGUUGUUGCAUCUUCUGCAAAAAUGUUUAAAAGUGCGAUGUAUCCAGCUGUGAUUCAGUUUCAAACUGUAAUUUCGCCAAGUGACCAGUUUCACCACCCAUCCACGACUGAAGGGGAGAAUCAUCACUCUUCAGCGUUAAAUCAUCAUGCGACGGCUUUAAGUCAGUCAAUGUUUGGCACUAGCGAUGGAAGUAUUAUGCGAGAGUCAUUACCGACUCGAAUGAUCAGUUAUUUGCACCGCGGUAAGGAAGGUCCAAUGUACAAGUUUAUGGUCAAAAAUGGGGACGAUCUUCGUCAGGAUCAACUGAUCAUGCAAAUGUUCAUCCUCAUGGACCGGCUACUCAAGAAAGUUAAUCUGGACUUGAAGCUAACACCAUAUCGCAUCUUGGCGACAGGUGCCAACGACGGGCUAAUGGAAUUCGUACAAGAUUCGUAUCCGGUUUCGUAUGUGGUUUCACAUUUUGAGUCGCCCCAGAUAAUUGGCUUUUUGAAAAAACACAACCCAGAUCCUAGUGCCGAGUUUGGCAUUGCACCUGAAGCUCUGAGCACGUACGUAAAAUCCGUGGCUGGUUAUUGCGUGCUCACGUAUUUGCUUGGCAUUGGCGAUCGUCAUUUGGACAACUUGAUGAUGAAAGCCGAAGGACACAUGUUUCAUAUUGAUUUUGGGUUUGUCUUCGGUGCAGAUCCAAAACCGUACCCACCUCCGUUCAAGUUGACAAAGGAAAUGGUGGAAGGCAUGGGCGGCCCAACUAGUGAGCACUACCAGAGGUUUAUAACAUACUGCUGCCAAGCGUAUAAUUGGCUUCGCAAAAGUGCGGAUCUCAUUCUUAACUUACUUAGUCUGAUGGCUGACUCUGGAAUUGAAGAACUGUCGGCAAAUCCUGCCACUACUUUGCUCAAGGUGGAGGAAAAAUUUCGUUUAGAUUUGACGGAUGAGCAGGCUGAGCAAUUUUUUUUGGGUCUCAUCAACGAUAGUGUAUCCGCUUUGUUUCCUUUGCUUGUGGACUGGAUUCACAAGGUAGCAACAAAGUUGAAGUAA